CCAGCCACGAACGUAAUAGCUCUUCAAGUCUGCAAUAAAAAAAAUGGCCUCCAAUAUAACUACAUUGCAAAAAAUGGGAAAGAAACAGAAUGGAAAGAGUAAAAAAGUUGAAGAGGCAGAGCCUGAAGAAUUUGUGAUGGAAAAAGUACUAGACCGGAGUAUAGUAAAUGGAAAGGUGGAAUAUUUCCUGAAGUGGAAGGGAUUUACAGAUGCUGACAAUACUUGGGAACCUGAAGAAAAUUUAGAUUGUCCAGAGUUAAUUGAAGCAUUUCUUAACUCUCAAAAAGCUGGUAAAGAAAAAGAUGGUACCAAAAGAAAAUCUUUAUCUGACAGUGAAUCUGAUGAUAGCAAGUCAAAGAAGAAGAGAGAUGCUGCUGACAAACCAAGAGGCUUUGCCAGAGGUCUUGAUCCUAAACAAAUAAUCAGUGCUACAGAUAGCAAUGGAGAAUUGAUGUUUCUCAUGAAAUGGAAAGAUUCAGAUGAGGCAGACUUGGUGCUGGCAAAAGAAGCAAAUAUGAAGUGUCCUCAAAUUGCAAUUGCUUUUUAUGAAAAGAGACUAACUUGGCACUCUUGUCCAGAAGAUGAAGCUCAAUAACUGCUUGCAU